CGGCCUAAACGCGGGUCAAGGGUCAGGGGUCACAGUUGAAUUUCGAAAAACAUGGUGGAGCACGGAGAUAUCCGCGUGGUUCACCGAGGUGGCAGCAAAAUAAACUUCAGGGAGCCUGUACUCAGUCAUGACUCCAGGUUGCUGCUGUGUGCCUCAGGCGAGUGUGUGAAGGUGUUCAGCAGCUCGACGGAGGAGUGUGUCCAUGAUCUGCAGGGACACACAGACCUGGUGACAGGUGUGCUGCUCAACCCCUCCAACCACCUCCAGGCCUACUCUUGCUCAGCAGAUGGCACUGUCAGACUGUGGGACUUCACAGACGGCAUCCUCAUCAAGACUUUGGUCGUUGGGUUCCCCAUUUACUCCCUCUAUGCAUCUGCCCAUCACAAUGGAGUCCUCUUUAUUGUUAUCUCCAUGGCGAGUGACAAAAGAUCUGAGCUGUUCCAGCUGGCUGCUUUACAUCUGCCACAGAGUGGAGAUCAGCUCGUGGAGGCCCGAGAGUUUUCCUCUGUGCUCGGCGACGUCAGCUCCAACCCGGCAGCCAUUGCCUUCGGCCAAGGGGGUGAAUACAUUGCCUCAGCUAAAGGUUUGCACCUAGAGGUCUACUUCUUCAAGAAGCAGAAGUCAUACAGGUUUUCCCUGAAAGAAGAUAACAAGAAGGGGGCUAAGAACACAUUCACAUGCCUCUCCUGUCAUCCAAAAGACGACUGCAUUGCUACGGGCCAUGAAGACGGCAAGAUUCGCUUGUGGAGAAACUUCAACCACAAGAGGGAGUACACAUAUUCCACCCUGCACUGGCACCACAGCGCUGUCAGCUCCGUGCGCUUCACCCCAGAAGGCACCAACCUGCUGAGUGGUGGUGUGGAGUCGGUGCUGGUCCAGUGGCGCUACAACCAGGAGACACAGAAAGACUUCUUACCCCGCCUGGGCGCUGCGAUCACACACAUCGCUGUCUCACCUGAUGGAGAGCUGUUCUGCACCGCACACUCAGACAACAAGCUCACGGUCAUCCAGAGCUGUGUUAAAGUGUCGGCUGUCAUUCAGGGCCUGGUCAAAGGAGAAAGUGUCAGGACCGACCUCAUGGUGGACCCACGCAGUAAAGCCUUGGUGCUCAACGGGAAACCGGGCCACCUGCAGUUUUACUCCCUCCAAAGAGACAAGCAGUUAUACAAUCUGGACAUAGUGCAACAGGAAUACAUUCAUGAGUCGGGCCUGCAGCAGUUUGAGGUCGUCAAGGCAGCCUUCGAUACCCGUGGCAACUGGCUGGCUACAGUGGAGGAGAGGAAACAAAAAGACUCUACGCUGGAGCUCAAUUUAAAACUGUGGGCUUACGAUGAGCAAACCCAGAGUUUUGUGCUGAACACGACCGUCUCGGGUCCCCACGAGGCCAGGAUUACAGCCAUGUGCUUCUGCCACACUGCUGACAGCCAGACCACCAUGCUGGUCUCUGCCAGCCAAGACGGACACUUCAAAGCCUGGCAGCUGGCAGAAGCGGCCCAGACAGAGGAUGAGGGGCCAUUUUGGUCAUGUGAUUUUGUGGGUGCCUAUCACAGCCUGGUGCCUGAGUGCUGCUGCUUCUCCGCCGACGGCUCCCUGUUAGCCAUCAGCUUUCAGGAGGUAGUGACCGUGUGGAGCCCGGCCUCCUGGGAGCUCCUGACGACGCUGUCCCAGCCGCCCGGGGCCAUCAGGGACCUUUGUUUUGGGCGGCAGAGCUGUUCCAAGUAUCUGCUGGGAACCACCGCCAAGAACCUGCUCUGCUGCUGGAACCUCCUCACCUGCACCUUGGAAUGGAGCACCUCCAUGGAUGUUAGCCUGCUGCUGUCCGACCCUCUCUCUGAGAACAUGGCUGCCUUCUGCAGUCAUGCAGGAUGCACUGACUUGUUUGUGUUCAAGCCCAGUGAGCCGCGGCCGCUCUUCUCCCAUAAGGCCAUCUGUUCAGGGAAAGUGACUCGCGCCGUCUUUGCCCCGAGGGAGGAGAUGCUGGAGAGCUGCGAGGAGAGCAGCCAGUGGCUCAACCGCUCCCAGCUCUACUUCCUCACUCAGUACAUGGAUCUGAUGACAUUCAUCACCAAGGCAGAGGAGGACAGACUGAUGGCGUCCAGCAAACGGCUCGUGAUUGACGACAGUGUUGCAGUGACGCCGUUCUACCUGUUGCUAGGGAAACAUCGACAACAGCAGCAGGAAAAGCAGGACAGAAGCUUCUCUGCCGAGAGAAAUCAGCUUCCACAGGGCUCUGUCGCUAUCAAGGAGCUUCUGCACACCCCGGCCCACGUCCUGCCCUCCGCCUCCUUCCUCUGCUCCAUGUUUGUUCGCUCCCUGCUCAUCUCCGUCACAGACAGCAGAGAGGAAAAAAAAUCAGAAGAAGAGGAAAUGGAAAGUGACAAAGAGGAAGAGUCCGAGUGUGAAAUGGAGGCCAGCACAAUGGGACAGGGCCAGACUGCUGAGGCUCAGGAGACUGCAGCCCCAGCUCUAACAAAAGCGCAGGCCAGGGAACUGAGGAGGGUGAAGAAACUCGACCAUAGCUGGCUCAGCAGCCUCCUGGACUCCUAACCAUGACCAUGCACAUUGACACACACACACACACACACACACACACAGUCAUUCACAAUUUUGUAUACAUCAAAAUGUAAUAAAUCAAUUUAAGUGUUUUAAUACGCUGUGUCAAGAUUAUGUUCUGUUGUUUUCCUGAUGGGUACAAGCAACAAGCAUUAUUGUCAUUUAAAACCAUGAAAUCUACAUGCAUUUCCAUAUACGUGGACUGAACACAUUGAACCAAAAUGAGAUUUCUUCAGGGGAAAAAGUACCACACUGCAAGUACAAACA